AUGUCAGAUACCGACUGGACCCACGAUGACAAGCGACGGAAAAUAGAAAAACCGGUCAAACAGACCCAUGGACACGCCCAUCCGCGCCACUCUCAUUCGCACACUCGACAGACUCCCCGCCCCGUCUUCAAUGACGAUGGAGACUUUGAUUUCAACAGCGGAGCAGGAGAAGAUGAAGAGGGACCCACAGGCACGUCUGCAGGCACAGACUCGGCCGACAGCGAUCUUUCUCCGAUCGAAAGAGGCCCCAGAAAACACUCGGCAGUGCUCAAGACCCAGAUGCAGCAGCCUCCGUCCCGGGAACGACACAAUUCCAACCACGCGGGAUACACGAGCGACACCGGAGGCUCUGUGCUCGACAACGUGUGUCGGUUGUGCCACCGAGGUAACUCGCCCAAGUCCAACCAGAUUGUCUUCUGCGACGAGUGCAGAACGCCCUACCACCAGCUGUGUCACAACCCUCCCAUCGACAGACUGGUGGUUGACGUGGCAGACGCCCAGUGGUUCUGCAAGUACUGCCAGCCGAAACGACGAGAACGGCCCCUGGAGACGGGAAAAUCAGGAGAGGGCUUUUCGACCCAGGUCAAGAAAACGUACCUCUCGUCUCUGUCCAAGGCCCAGCUUGUGGAGCUCAUUCUGUACGCUGAAAACAACGUGCCUAAGCUGCCCAUCUACUCGCCGCAGACCCAUUCCAUCGUGCUGCAGAUGCAGCUGGAAAAUUCUAACAAGACGGACACCACCAAGAGUAACCGACGUUUGCUGUCUUCCAUCAACUACGAGGAUCUGCUUAUCGACACACUCAAGGCCAAGUCGAACGGAGAGGAGGCCAGCGCGCAGCAGAUUUGGAAAUGGAUCGCAUCAGACACAAACCCAGACACUGUGGACCCCAAGUUUGUUCAGGCCGCCACUAUGGCUUUGCAACGAGCUCUGAGAGAAGGCAAGAUUCUGAAACGCGGCAAGUCGUACCGAGUCAAUCCAGAUUACCAGAAGAGUUCCGAGAUUUCGCUUUCGUUGCUCAUUUCUCUGGACGACGAAGCCAUGUUCAGCGACGAGGUCGUGCUCAAGCUGCCUCCUGCUACGGAGGAGGAUCUGUACUACACCAUUGACGACAACGACGAUGUGUUUAGUGCGCGGUUGCACGAUGAGCAGGAGCAGGAGGUGUGA